AUGGCAGCAGCAGCGGCCACUGUUCGCCAUGGCUCCGCCAGUAGCACCUCCGUCUCCCUCGCCAUCGUCCUCGCUGCCGUCGCCAUCACCUGCUCGUCGUUUCCUCCGAGCAGCGCCGCCGCCAAGGCGGCACCGUGCUCGAGCCAGACCUUCUCGGGCACCGGCGGCGGGCAGCAGCACCCCUACGCGUCGUGCGCGGACCUGCCGCGCCUCGGGGCCACACUGCACUACAACUACACGGCCGCCACCAACACCGUCGCCGUCGCGUUCCGGGCGCCGCAGGCCAAGGGCGACGACGGGUGGGUGGCGUGGGGGAUCAACCCUAGCGGCAGCACCGGCAUGGUCGGCACGCAGGCCGUGGUCGCGUUCCAGCACUCCAACGGCAGCCUCGUCGCGUACCCGACGGUGCUCGACAGCUACGUGCCGUCCAUGGCGCCCGCGGCGCCCGGUGACCUGGCGUUCCCGGUGUCGGACGUGGCCGCGGAGUACGCAGACGGGAAGGAGAUGGUGGUGUACGCGACGCUGGCGCUGCCGGCCGGGAAGGGGAGCAAGUUCACCCAAGUGUGGCAGCAGGGGACUGCGGUGGUGAACGACGUGCCGGCGGCGCACCCCACCACCGGGGACAACAUCCUUUCCACCGCCACCAUCGAUUUCAGCGAUUGA